UCGCCAAACAGCUCAGUUCCUUAUGCUCGCAAAUGUUUUCUAGCCAGAGGACCCAAUCCCAGACUUCAUCUACUCCCAGCAGACGCCACUUUGUCUUCAGGGGAGCCUAUCAAACUCGGACGUCGGGCCCAACCUUCGGGACCUUCAAUAAAUUACUUCCCAUCCCACCACCGCACACUGGCUGUAGGACCAUGUCUAUCGCUCCGACGCGGACCCCAAGCGGCCUAUUGGUCCGGGUCUGAUUCGCGAUUGCUUUGUGGACCCCAACCACGUUGCCUGACUUCCAAAACUCCAAGAGUCGCCUGUUAA